AUGGUCAGUAGUAAGGGCAUAGAGAUUGACCCGUCAAAGGUAAAGGCUAUCUGUGAUUUACGACCCCCGACUACCACCAGGGAAGUCCGCAGUCUGAUGGGACGACUCAAUUAUGUAGCGAGGUUCAUUUGUCAGUUGUCUGAAACAGCAAAGCCAUUCUUCAAGCUCCUGAAAAAGAAUGCAAAGAUUGAGUGGGAUGUUGAGUGCCAGAAUGCCUUCGAGAAGAUAAAACACUAUCUUACUCACGCACCAGUCCUAGUGCCCCCUCUCCCUAAAAUUCCCUUGAUUCUGUACUUAACCAUACAUGACGAAUCAUUGGGAGCCAUGUUGGCACAGAAAAUACCAAAUGACAAGAGAGAAUGCGCCAUAUACUAUUUGAGCUACGGCAAUACACGCUUCAUCACCGAAUCUUCGGUGACCGAAAACGAUCCCAUCAGGUAUCUCUUAGAGAAGCCGGCGUUAGUGGGCAAGUUGGCUAAAUGGCAAAUCUUAAUUUCAGAAUUCAACGUUCAGAGCCUAGGACAAAAGUCUGUUAAAGGUCGCGCCAUAGCAGACAUGUUAGCGGAAAGUUCCAAGGGGUCCGGAGCAUUUGAUGAGGAUAGUGAUGCGGAGGAGCGAAUUCUACUUGUAUCCAGUGACACAUGGACGAUGUACUUCGAUGGUGCAGUUAACUUAGCUGGGUCUGGUACUGGGGCGGUCCUUAUUUCCCCAGAUGGACAACACUACCCUGUCGCCGCUAAAUUGACAUUUCCUUGCACAAAUAACAUCGUUGAAUAUGAAGCAUGCAUUCUCGGUCUCCAAGCCGCCAUUGAUAUGAAGAUUCGGAAGCUGCAAGUUUAUGGUGAUUCAACCCUUAUCAUCUUACAGACCGAAGGUUCGGCCGAUGCCCUAGCUACCUUAUCUUCGAUGUUGCAAGUAGCUGGGGGCUUGGACAUUGAACCGUUAAGGAUUGAAAUCCUUCGACGCCCGGCUUAUUGUAUGACGGUUGAAGAGGAACCAGAUGGACAACCUUGGUAUCACGACAUCUUGAAGUAUCUACAGAAGGGUGAAUUCCCCGAAGGAAGUGAAGCAGCAGACAGAAAGCAUUUGCUGAAGCUAGCAUCAAAAUUCUUCACCAGUGGAGAUGUCCUCUACAAAAAGGCCUUUGACUCGACAUUACUAAGGUGCGUCGACGCCAAAGAAGCCAAUUGUUUGAUGAAGGAAAUACAUGAAGGGGAGUGUGGCCCCCACAUGAAUGGUCACCUCUUGGCAAGAAAGAUCAUGCGACUCGGCUACUACUGGUUGACAAUGGAAUCCGACUGCAUACAACAUGUGCGAUUCUUGCCCUUCUCUAUGUGGGGAAUUGACGUGAUCGGGCCCAUCAAUCCCAAGGCGUCAAAUGGACAUCGAUUUAUCUUGGUAGCAAUCGACUACUUUACGAAGUGGAUUGAAGCCAACUCGUACGCCAAUGUCACUGCCAAGAAUGUAGCCAAAUUCAUUCGCCGCGAUAUUAUCGCCCGCUAUGGGGUACCGGAGGCGAUCAUCACUGACAAUGGGUCCAACUUAAACAACAAAGUUGUAAAUGACUUGCUUGAUGAGUUUCGAGUUCACCAUUUGAACUCAUCACCAUAUCGUCCUCAAAUGAAUGGGGCAGUUGAGGCAGCAAAUAAGAACAUAAAGAAGAUCUUGGCAAAGACUGCUGAAAAUUAUCGUGAUUGGCACGAAAGGCUUCCUUACGCACUGAUGGCAUACUGA